UAUUUUGUGUGAUUUUCUCUUCGAUUUUCUGUUAUUGAAUUUAUAAAUUGUUUGAUUUUAGAGUUUUUUUGUGUGAAUGUUUUUAAAAAUUUAGUCUUUUGAACUGGGUUGCUCCGAAACAUUGAUGUCCCUAUGAUAUUGAGAUUAAGAUCUUUUGUGAAUUGGGGCUAUUAAGACCAUUUAAAAAACCUAGAUUUUGAAAAUUGCUGUUUCUCAUGAUUGGAAGAUUACCUGAACCACAUGAAAGACCCAGGUUUCGUGAAAAUUUAGAGUCUCUCCACUUGAAUUUUGGUUUUUCAUAACCAUCUGGAAAACAUAGGUUUUUGAAAUUAUUGUAUCGUGUGAAACAUGGAUUUCCUAUGAUUUGAAAACCCCAAUUUAAUGAAUUUAUAAUGAAAGAGUCAUUUGAAAACCAUGAAUUUUAGGAAACUCAAGGUUCUUUUGAGUAAGCGCUUGAUUUAUUUAUUUAUUAUUAUUAUUUUCAGUUACACACGAAGAAUUGGGAAUUUCAGAACCAUUUGAAAGGAAUCUAUUUUAGGAAAUUUUCGGAAAUGAGUUAUGAUUUCAGGAACCACUUGAUAUCCAAGAUUUGGCAAACGUUAUCUUGAAAAUAAGAUUUACUUUUGCUUUUGAGAACCUUAAAGUAAGAGAGAGAGAGUUCUCCAUAUUUGAUGGACCUAAGGUGUUUACUCAUUUGCUUGGGAUAAGAUACCCUUCUUAUUUUUUAUUUUUUAUUUAUUUGUUUUUCAGAAACAUUUACUUUCAAAUAUUAGAUAUUAUGUACUCUUUCUUCUUGGGAAUUAUAUUGAUGAGUUACAGUUACACUGUUGAUUGGGUUUGAGAGUUUUGAAACCCCAAAACUUGAAACGUGCUGAUUCUGGUUCAUCUAUCCCUGUGAUCCUUUUCUUUGGCACAUUGUUUUGUGUUCAUUUUUUAUUUUUUUAUAGAAUUGGGUUUGAGAGUUUUGAAACCCCGAAACUUGAAACAUGCUGAUUCUGGUUCAUCUAUCCCUGUGAUCCUUUUUCCUCGGCACAUUGGUUUGUGUUCAUUUUUUAUUUUUUUAUAGAAUAUUACUUGGAAUAUCAUCUAGUAUAUAUAUAUAUAUAGAGGGUUAUGUUAGGGUGCUGGAGUAAUUUUUUUUUAGAAAGUAACGGUAUUUUUUUUAGUUAUGUUUGGUAUCCAAGAUUUCUGAAUUGACUGUUUCUCUUUUGGUUUGAAGCUUUUAUCCUAAAGCAUGCGUUUUUUUAUGAUGCUUGUUCAUGUCCUCAGUGGAAUAAUUUACAAUUUCCAUGCAAUUAAGCCGGAUUUUUUGAGUUAACGAUGUAUACGAUGCUCAUCAAGGCCUCUGGUUUGUUGGAAGUUUAAAUCAUCCCUUCUUGUAGUCAUUGUAUCGAAAAUUCAAGAUUUUGCAAAUUUGCAGUUUUAUGCAAUCCAGGUAUGUUGGAAUCUUGGGUUUUAGGUUGAGCUAUACUUGUGAAAUUUAAUUGACUGAUGUACCUUAAAAUUUCCCCAUUUGGAGAAAUAGGCCUGGUUUUAUAUUUUAUUAUUUCUUCAAAUUUAAAAUUUCUUUGAAUCCACGAUUCAAGUGAUGCAUUCAGGAUUUUGUGGAAAGAAAGCUUUUUUUAUUUAUUUUAGGGGACUCCAACCUUAGAUUUGAUGAUUUGCAGCACCUUUAUUGGUUUCAGGGUUUCUUCUAAAUGUUUGGGUGUAUUUGGCUUUGAUGACUUCUCCAAUUGUUUAUCCAGUGUUUACAGUCUAAAUGUGGUCUAUUUCAUAAAUCAUAUGUUGAAUUCUUUUUUAUUAGGGGGUGAUUUUGGCAAGAAUGGCAUCUUAUUCAAUGGAAGAGUUUGUUGGAGAUGGUGUUCUGAAAGAUUUGCUUCCUAUGCUGAUCGCUGAUGGAUGGGAUGAUGUUCCCACACUGAAGAUGAUGAAUUCUGAAGACAUGGAUUCCAUGAAAAUGUCCCAGAGGCAAAAGGAUGCAUUGGAACUUAGGUCUUAUUUGCAUGAUCGUUCUUUAAUGCAAUAUGGGGAGAGGCUCGAAGCAUCAGGACUGACUCUUCCCAAGCUUCUUAACUCUAGCACUACAGUACUCUCCUCUCAAUUUGGCAUGAAGCGAGGCCACAUCACUCGAUUUAUUGAUAGGUCACUCGCUUGUGGAAUUGCCAUGCCCCCUUCUUCUGCUCUCCCAUUGAGGAAAAGAACCACGUCUUCUCUCUCCAAAAAUGUUGAUGCUAGUGAAGCCAUGUCCAGUAAUUUUCCAGGAAGAACACAGAGUACUGUCUCCAUGAACCAGGAUUCGAAGUCCCAAUAUACGGUUUCAGCUUCUUUUGGGGUCAAAGGGGAGCGUACUUUUAAAGGGGUCGUUGCUUUUGCACCUGCUGAGCCUAGGUGUUGUGGGCUUGUACAACCUCCUCCUGAACUUGAUAAUGUUGCUCCAUAUUCCAUGUUAGAGAGCAUUUCAAUUCAGAAACUGACCCCCGAGUAUAAGAUGGGUAUGGAGCCAUUGGUGAAAUUGAAGGCCCCACCCAUGAAGGCUUCAGAGCUCUGGCAUGAUAUACCAACAGUAUUGCUUUGUCUCAGACGCCCUGGAUGUGUCAUGUGUAGAGCUGAAGCUCACCAGCUUUAUGCUAGGAAACCAAUAUUCGAUGCACUGGGUUUCCGGCUGAUUGCUGCUUUCCAUGAGCAAAUUGACUCAGAGGUGAACAAUUUUUGGCCUCGCUACUGGGGUGGGAUUGUAGUCUUGGACAAAAGCAUGGGUUUCUUCAAAGCUCUUGGAGGUGGUAAGCUGCUGAAAGACCAGUUUGUGACUGGAUUUCUUUGCAAUCCUCGUGCCAUUGCAAAUUAUAGGCGUGCUAAAGCUAUGGGUGUGGAGAAUAAUUUUAAUGGAAAAGGAGAAAUCAAAGGUGGGUUAUUCAUAAUUGAUAGUGGGAAAAGUGGAAUAGCAUAUCAGUUUAUGGAAAGAAAUUUCGGGGAUUGGGCACCCAUCAAUGAAGUUCUUGAGAUUUGCAGCAGAAUGCAGAAACAAGCAUCUGAUCAGGAAGCUGGACCCUAGAGGGACCUGAGGCAAAUCUGUAACCAAUACUUGUGUACAAUAUUCAAUUUGUUCUUUGUAAUUGAAUAAUUUUUCUUUUUUUAAGUUUUUGUUGUGCGUGUUUCUCUGAUAAAGCAUAGCGUGAUAAUAUGUAAAAUGGAUCUCACAUUAUUUGAUUGCCCAAAAACAUAUGAGUUCACAUGUAUCUCCACAUCCCUUUUAUUUACUGAAGACUUGCAGUGAAAUUCAA